AAUGGUUUAGGGGACCACCAAGGGUAAGAAAAGAACGGAGAUUAAGUCUAGAUCAGUGAAAUUGAUGUCAAAAGGAAUACAACACCCUCUGAGACCCUCGACAGUUAAUGAAUUGGCUUGUAAUUUCCUGGAAGUUUUGAUAAGGAAAAAGCUAUUGUAUAUAUUGCAACACGAUAAGUUAUAAUAACACAAGAGACACUGGACAUAUUUAAGGGGUCUUUAGAAUUGGAAGGAAACCAAAGGACCCGGAGAAAACCCACGAGAUUGGAAAGGCGACCCUACUCCUUGUCACGUCAGUGAACAGAACUACAGUUUGUUUAUUAUAUAAAAAAAAGAUGGAAAGAUCAAUGCUCAGUGAAUGUUUAGUGUAUCCACCCCAUAUCUGUGAAAUAUUUUUGGCAAAGGAGACUGAUCUACGGCAGAAAUUGCUGGAUUAUGACCAGAAAGAUAAAAGUCUUAGACAUCAAGUUGCACAAAAUAUCUUUCAAUUUCUGGAGCAACAGUAUGGUAUAUUAGAAACUUCUAAUUUGAAGUCAUUACUACUGAAUUUCUACUGGUCAAAAACAAAGGAGGAGAUAAAUGACAAGAAAUUGGGAAACAUUUACUUGAUCCAAUGUUUUCAACAACUUAGCUCAAAAUGGGGAAAAAUGUCUCAGUCAGUCUCACCGAUACUGUCAACUUCUCCUGUUACUGAUUGUGAUGAAAGAGUGCAGAACAUGUUAGAAACAGAGAGUAAAGAUAUGAAAUCAGUCAGUAUGAAACUACAGAAGCUUACAACAGAUAUCAAGGAUCUAAAGGAUGUUUUGGGUACAGUUUCUGCAAACUAUCAAAGAGGAGUAGAAAUGGUCAAUGUGUAUAAAAAUCCAGAUGAUCGAAUAAUGAAUGUUAACCUGUCAGAUUUUGAAAGCUAUUUAAAGAAAAUGAAUACUGAUUAUAAUAAUGAGAGGAAGAGGUUUUUAGAGAAAUGUACUGAAGUAUGCAAGGAUGUAGAACAUAUUGCAGAGAGUGUAAUAAAGUGUAUAGAGCAGUGGAUACAUUCACAAAAAUUAUUUUAUGUUAAAGCUGGGGCUAAUCAAAGUCUUGAUGAAGUAGAAUACUUCUGUCACUCUCUUUUUAGAGAAAUAAUGAAUAUGAUUCAUAUGAUUGGGUCUGAUGGAUUUAACUAUGUUGAAGUGUGUCAGAGUAUUUUUCAAGAUCAAGGCAAUCUCUCUCCUGACAACGUAAAAUUUAACAAAAAAGUAUGUUACAAUAAACUUAAGGAAUGCCUUCAAGACUUGUUACAGAAGAGUUUUGUUGUAAUAGAACAACCUGUUGAUGUUCAGAAAGUAACUGGACCAGGCGGUGCAGAUAAAACUCCCACAUCAAAAGAUAAAGUAAAAGACAAAAAAUCUGCUGGAUCCAAAGCUGAAGAUGAUAAAUCAGGUUCUGGGAAAAAGAAAGUAGGUCCUGAGUUUAAUACUAAAGUCCAAAUUUUGUGUGGGAAAGGACUUGAAUGUAUAAAAACUGUCACAAAGCCUGUCACAGCUAAAUUCUUUUAUGAAGGAAAUCUGAAAACUGACAAAGAUCCAGUAGUGAGUGCUCAACUUAACAUUCCCCAAGCUACUGUCAAUGAUCAGGGUAUUGCCGACUUCAGUAAACAGAAAAUAAAGCAGUUUGAGAGGCCAUCAAAGACUAAUAAAACAGAACAAGUUACAUCAGAAAGGUAUAGAAUUGUUUUUGAAACAGAGAUUACUUUGCGAAAUCCUGAUAUUAAUUUAGAUUUAAAGACAAUGAGUCUUCCGAUGGCAGUUAUAACUGGUAGCAAUCAAGCUAAUAGUUCGCAUGGUUCGUUGUUAUGGUACUGUUAUAAUAAUGAUCCUUAUGAUUUAACAGUGUCACCGAAUACAGUGGUAUCCAAACAAACAGUGAUUAAUAUGAUUCAAGCCUGUUUCUCAUAUUUAAAUGGGCGAGCUCUCCGUCCUGAUGAAAUAGAAUUUCUGUUGGAAAAAAUGCUCAAAGACAGGGACAAUGAAAAUAUUUCAUUUGAAGACUUUAUUGGUAAGUCUAGUCCAAAUAGUAAUGAACCCACGUUUUGGAAAUGGCUCCAGUCAAUAUUAAACUUGAUUGAACAUUACUUGAAGUUGCCAUGGCUAAAUGGAAUAAUACAUGGCUUUGUGUCAAAAGAACGGUGCAAGAGUCUUCUGUGUACUGAAUCUCCAGGAACCUUUCUGCUAAGAUUUUCGGAGACUGUUGUUGAAGGGGAUGGUCAAAAUAAGAAUCUGACUGGUGCACUUGUUGUAGCCAUAACUCUUGUUAAAGCGGUUGAUUCAAAACAUUUGGUGACCUUCACACGACCUUUGACUGUGGUUAAUUAUUUUUCCAAAUAUUCCUUCAAAGACAUCCUGUCAGGUAUAACAGGAGAAAAUACAAAGAAAAGAGAAACUUUGUUAAAGAAAGUAUAUGAGAAAAAUGUAACCAUGCCAGAAAUCAAGAAAACAUACACCAGUAAUACUUCUAAACAACAAGAACAAGAUCAAAACUAUCCAGAUUGGAUUCAGCAAACUAUUCAGACUCUUAGAAAUGUUUCAAUUGGUGAUGAUGGAGAUGAUAGCAGUGAUGAAGAAGUAAGAAAAAGAAAAGUACCAAGAAGAAUAUCAGAUAUGACAGAUUCUUCCAUAGAUGUAGAUAUGCAAAGUGAUGCAAGCCAGUCUUCUGUAACAUUGUGUAAUGUUUAUAGUACAGAAAAUAUUCCAGCUUUCCAAACUCCAGUGCCAUUUGACAGAAAUGCAGCCAAUAAUUUGAUUAAGAAAAAAUUUGGUAGUUGGCCUGACUCUACUAACAUUCCAUCUACGGUUGAAGACUUCGUCUCCGGUGGAGAUGAUGGCGAUGGACACUACAAUUCCCCAACUACCAUAUCACAAACAUUUUUUGGAUUAUCAACUGAUUCAUCCAAUCUCAGCAGUGCUGAUCUGACAUAUGAAGAUUUAAGUGUGCUGUCACAUAGUUACAACCUCCAUGAUCCAACAUCCCCCCAGGAUUAUCCAGUUUCCACUCCCAUCAUGACAACUAUUCAGAAUAGUAACUCGUCAACUGUAAUGUCACCAGGUCAGAUUUAUAACUCACCUGCUACAAUGGUACAUGGUCAAAAAUAUAACUCACCUGCUACAAUGGUACAUGGUCAAAAAUAUAACUCACCUGCUACAAUGUCACCAAGUCAGAAUUAUAAUUCACCCACUUCUCAGAAUUACAAUUCAGGUAUUGUAAUGUCACCGGGUCAGAAUUACAAUUCACCCACUAUGUCACCUACAGAGAAUUAUAAUUCACCCACUGUAAUGUCACAGGAUCAGACUUAUAAUCCCCCCACUGUAACAUCACCUACUCAGAAUUAUAAUCCCCCCACUGUAAUGUCACCUCCUCAGAAUUUUAAUGUUUCCACUGCAAGUCAGAAUUAUAAUUUCUCCAUAUCCACUGCAGUGUCACCUUCUCAAAAUUUUGAUCCAGUGAUGGACCCAAAUUAUAAUUUUACCGAUUCUUUAGCUGAUGAUGCACAAUUGUUACCCCCAUUUUAGAAUCUAAAGCCUUGUUUACACUUGGUCGCGAUAAGCGUGCCGUUCUGGGCACAGUACCAGGCCACGAUAAAUUUCAAGAAAUUGACCCAAUUACAUUACUCUAAAAUAACCGGUCUCAGAACCGUGCCAACCACUCUAAAUGUAAAACUCUUCACAGAAAAGUUAAUUUCAGUCCCAUACAAAUUACCCAGAUGAAAAAAAUUAUGAUGGUUGAUUUAGUUUGAGCAGCCAUUUUGACAGAACUGAUGACAGCGCUGUCAAAGUUUUCGGGGAAAAAAGGUCAAGGUUCAUUUGGCGCAUGCGCAGUAAUCCGUGCUCAGACCUGUUAGUGUUUACGCUAAGAAAAUUUAAAGCGAGCUGGUCCUGGUACCUCACUUCAGUGGGCCAGAUUGGCACCGUACCAGGCGUGGCACGCUUACAUUUGACCCGUUUACACUACAAAAAACGGGUUUUAAGUGCAGUUGUUUCAUGAAUCAUUUUGAUGUGGUCCCGUCAUUCACAAUAGAUUAAUCAAAUAUAAGCUUGGUAGUGGAUUUAACUACCGUUUUGAAUAUUGUUCAGACCAGUGAUGGGAUUUUACCCGUAUAUUCCGGACUUGUCCGAAUCUUUUUUCGAAACGCCCAAAAUUGUCCGCCCGGGAAUAUGCCCAAUCGGACAUGAAGACAUGCUGAAUAAUAUUCAAAUUCCAAAAUUAAUAUAGUGUACUGAGUGUAUAACUACCGUGCAACCCGAUUAUCGUUGAUAAUAGGCUGGAUUGAUUAGGUAAUUAAGUGAUCGACUAUUUAUCGUGUUAUAUCGUCUUACACACCUACCUUGAUUAUUCUGCCUUGAUUGGCUGAACUAAUUCUUUAUCGGACAAUUCAUCAAAUCAAUCCUGAACAGAAGUCAUUGCUUCUCCUUUGUCGGACGAUAUAUCAAUCCAAUAAGAGUGAUUAGAAACAUAAUCUGAUUAACCCGUGAUUUCUCCAUUGACCAUUGUCUCACGUUUUAAUCUCCUUUGUGUCGGACAAUAACACGUAGAAAUUAGUCAUAUAUGUCACAUAUCCUGAUAGUAUAUAACACCUCAAAUCAACAUACAUUGUAUCCGAUAACUUGUCUGUGAUAUAUUUUCGGUGGAAGCCGAAGUUAAUUAAAGAUAUUUCACACACAUGGCGCUUAUAGAGUUCAGUAAUUAAAAUGAAAGUACAAAUCUCGUGAGACACGUGAAAUUAAGAGAUGUAUACGUGCUGGAAUGACGUAAGUAGUUGAUUGUUUUAGACGAUAGCGCGUGCUACAGUCGAAUGCAAUUAUUUAGAAGUUGGUUACACUCGCUCAUUAGGGCGUCGUUAACUACGGUUUACGGCCAAAUAAAUUUCGGGAUGUCAUUUUUUUACCUUCCGUAUAUAAAUCGAAACGGAGUAUCAGACGAAUGUCGGACUUUGCUGAAAAAUGUACCGACGUAUGACCCGAAAAAUACGGUAAUUUUGGGAGAGUUUGAAACAGAUCGGCAGCAGUCGGCACGCUGCCAAUUCUAUAGUAUUACGAUCAUACGAUGUCAUGUAAUUUUGUAGGAAUAUUAUUGACAUAAAUUUGAAUACCGUACGGGUUUUAAACAUGAAAUAUAACGAGGUGCACCUAUUUUUUUUUUACAUAUGAAUUUGAAUAUAUUUUGUUGACACAUGAUUCUUAAUUGUGUUUUGAAAACGUCUGCUUAAAUUACGGUAAGAGUUAUGCCCCUUUAUUUUCGGGAAAAAAUGUCCGACAUGAAAUUUUUUGAAAUCCCAUCACUGGUUCAGACUUCAGACUAUCAUUGGAUCUUCAUAUGUGAUGGAAUUAAAAUGUUUGAAUUAAAGCAUAUUAAUUUUUGAAUUUUGUGACUUUCAUUUAUGCAUUGUUUUAUGGUAUUACAUAUACUGGUAGUGUCCCGGUAUAUCUUGUUUUGAGGCAUUUAAUAUAAAAAGUAAUCAAUUAUAUUGUGAUUAAGAUUUUAAUUACAGACAAUACAAUUGGUUUUGAAAUCACUUUUUGCUUUUGUUUACUUUUGUCAAAGGGUUAUGUGAUUAAAAGAAAGAAUAAAAUUUAUAAUUGCUCUAAAAAGUGGAAAAUAAAAUUGAAUAUUACAAGACAAGAGUGAAGAGAAUUUAAAUGGAAUUAUUAUUUUAUUAUUAUACGCCCACAUUUUCAUAUGGACGUAUAUUGUGGUCGCCCCUGUCCGUCCGGACGUCAGUCCAUCCGUCCACAAUUGUUUGUGGACACUCUACAGGUCACAAUUCUUAUCCGAUUUUGACGAAACUUGAAAUAUAGGUUUAUCUCCAAAAGAUCUCGGUAGCUUUCGAUAUUGGCAUGUAUCGGAUCGAAACUUCAUGGAUUAUGGCCCCUGUUUGUACGAAAAAUCACGUUUUUAGCUUGUGGACCCUAUAGAGGUCACAAUUUUUAUCCGAUUUUGUUGAAACUUGAAAUGUAAGUUUAUAACCCAAAGAUAUUCGCGGAUAUCGGACCGCAACUUCCUGAAUUAUGGCCCCAUAUUGUAUGAAAAAUCACGUUUUUAGCUUGUGGACCCUAUAGGUCAUAAUUUUUAUCUGAUUUAAAAAAACGUAUUAUUAUAUCACCGUUACACCCUACGGAUGACCGAGUUCGAAUUUCGUGAAAAUCGAGCCAAAAUUGACAGACAAAAUGGCCGCCGUUCUUUCUCAAAUAGCGUAAAAAUAUGGUAUAUCAAGGUUGUGGACCCUAUAGAGGUCACAAUUUUUAUACGCCCACAUUUUCAUGUGGACGUAUAUUGUCGUCGCCCCUGUCCGUCCGGACGUCCGUCCGUCCACAAUUUGUUUGUGGACACUCUACAGGUCACAAUUCUUAUCCGAUUUUGACGAAACUUGAAAUAUAGGUUUAUCUCCAAAAGAUCUUGGCUGCUUUCGAUAUUGGCAUGUAUUGGAUCGAAACUUCAUGGAUUAUGGCCCCUGUUUGUACAAAAAAUCACGUUUUUAGCUUGUGGACACUAUAGAGGUCACAAUUUUUAUCCGAUUUUGUUGAAACUUGAAAUGUAAGUUGAUAACCCAAAGAUCUCGGUUCCUUUCGAUAUUCGCGCAUAUCGCACCGUAACUUCCUGAAUUAUGACCCCAGAUUGUACAAAAAAAUCACGUUUUUAGCUUGUGGAACCCUAUAGAGGUCAUAAUUUUUAUCCGAUUUAAAACAACGUAUUAUUAUAUCACCGUUACACCCUAAAAACAGCUGAGUUCAAAUUUCGUGAAAAUCGGCCCAAAAUUGACAGACAAAAUGGCCGCCGUUCGUUAUCAAAUAGCGUAAAAAUAUGGUAUAUCAAGGUUGUGGACCCUAUAGAGGUCACAAUUUUAAUCCGAUUUUGUUGAAACUUGAAAUGUAAGUUUAUAACCCAAAGAUCUCAGUUCCUUUCGAUAUCUGCACAUAUCGAAUUGUAAUUUCCUGAAUUAUGACCCUUGAUUGUAGGAAAAAUCACUUUCUCUUUAGCUUGUUCUCUAUCCAUCUCUCGAAAAUGUGGGCAAAUGUGGGCAAAUGUGGGCGUAUCCUGCCUGGCAUCCGCUGGUUGUUAUAUUAUGAGUAUAAUCUGAUUAAAAUCAGAUGUCAGUUUCGUUUACAUCUAAUGUGUGUAAUACAUAUUUGUUCAGAUCACUUGAAGAAUUUGCCAUUGCAUGCAUGUAUUUAAUGAGCGGGACUAAUGACAGUAGAACAUUGAUAUAGUGAUACUGAUAUACAAGUAAUAAAUAAAUAUUCAAAUGUG